CCCGCUUCAUAAUUCCUGCCGACACUCGAAACGUUUAUAACGCUAUUUAUAACAAAUUACCGGGUAACUAAACCCUCCCCCCCGACUCAAAAUAAUGAAAAAACGUCACUUUGUAGAUGGAGCAUAUCAUUAGGCUACCGACGUGGGACCUUUAUUAUUCUCGCUGUAUCCUACCACGUCCGUCUACUACAAAGAUUAGGUUAUCUGUUGGCAUGCGGUCGCUCAGAGGGACUUACUCGGAAAACAUUGUUUUGGUAAGGGGAAAGGAGGAAGGCAUUAGCGGUUUUCUUUUGCCGUGAAUACAACAUAUUGUUUGUUUGUAUUUAGCGUGGCUUGUAUUGCCUAUACGUGUGCGCACAACAAGCUGAUUGCGGUUUUUCUUGCCACGUUGUGAGUACCCACAUUUUGUUUGACAGACAGCGCGGUGUCUGUUUGGAAAGGCGAUGCAUGGUUGGUGUUAAAGGAGUCUUGGAUUCUGACUGCAGCGCGCAGUCAAAAGCGGACUUGUGCUGAGCGUGGACUCAACACUCUUGGAAAAACUUUCAGCGCUCAGAUGUGGAGGUGUGUGCGAGUCCGCAGGCUAAACGUCCGCGCUGCUCAAAAGCUGACAGUUCGUAUUGGUUUGUUUUGCCUUGCGUGCAUUCAGGGAGCUGGCUUUUUCGUUAUUACAUGUGUAAUAUAAAUGCAUAUGAAAUAGUUAUAUUUAUGUAUUCAAAAUGUUAAUUGAUGGUAAAAUUUGAGAUGAGAUUCCAUGUAGCCUACGGUUAACUCUGAUAACGGUUUUUCAUACAGCUGAUUUUAACAAUGCUGAUACCCGCUGAAUGAAUUUUAAGCAAUGGAAUAGGCCAGAAGGGAGAGACGAAAGGCACCAGUGUCAGCGCACUCUCCUUAAAUCUAUUUAGACCAGAACACAACCGCACACAAAAUAUUUUAUUUUACAGUAAUUACAUGUAGAAAUAGACUAAUAUAUUUCCAUCAUAUUUAAUAUAUGUACACCUGAUACACACAAAGUCAUUUUUGUUCCUAUAAACAAACCUGGAAGCUGCCUUUAAAAUUUUUUCGUUGUAAAGAUGAAUUUAUACAUUUUGAGUCUCUUCCUUACUUUGGAUUUAACCUCACUGGCUUCGAGUUUGUCAACAUGCAGCACGUUAGAUAUGGAUCAGUUCAUGAAGAAGCGCGUGGAAGCGAUCCGCGGGCAGAUCCUCAGCAAGUUAAAGCUCACGAGCCCCCCGGAACACUACCCCGAGCGCGAGGAGGUGUCCAGGGAAAUUAUCGCAAUCUACAACAGCACGCGCGACCUGCUACAGGAGAAAGCCAACCAACGCGCUGCGACAUGCGAACGACAGCGGAGCGAGGAGGAGUAUUACGCCAAGGAGGUGCACAAGAUCGAUAUGCAGCCUUUUCAUCCCUCUGAAAAUGUCAUCUCUCACAUGCACUAUAGCCCUUACUUCAGGAGGCUCACAUUUGACGUGUCAUCUAUGGAGAAGAACGCCUCCAACCUGGUGAAGGCGGAGCUCCGGGUCUUUCGCUUACAAAACCCAAAGGCCCAUGUAUCUGAACAGAGGAUUGAGCUGUACCAGAUUCUAGGACACAAAGACUUGACAUCGCCAUCACAGCGCUACAUUGACAGUAAGGUGGUGCGCACACACACAGAGGGGGAGUGGCUAUCCUUCGAUGUGACAGAAGCUGUCAGUGAAUGGCUACUUCACAGAGACAGAAACAAUGGCUUCAAGAUCAGCUUACACUGCCCAUGUUGUACAUUUGUGCCAUCAAAUAACUACAUCAUACACAACAAGAGCGAGGAGCUGGAGAUCAGGUUCGCAGGUAUAGAUGACAGUGUCUUACAUGGUGGGGAUCUGAAGGCGUUGAAAAGGCGCCGGCCCACUGGACAGAACCCUCACCUGCUACUAAUGCUACUGCCCUCUUAUCGCCUGGAGUCACAGCACAAGAGUCACCGACAGAAACGCGCUGUGGACACUGCCUUCUGCUCCAGGAACAUGCAGGACUCCUGCUGCCUGCGCUCUCUGUACAUUGACUUCAGAAGGGACCUGGGCUGGCGAUGGAUCCAGGAGCCCAGAGGUUACCAUGCCAACUUCUGUGCCGGAGCGUGUCCUUACCUGUGGAGUGCAGACACACAGCACAGCAAGGUCCUGGGCUUGUACAAUGCCAUCAACCCUGAAGCGUCUGCCUCACCCUGCUGCGUAUCUCAGGACCUGGAGCCCCUCACCAUCCUCUACUACAUUGGCAAGAGCCCCAAGAUCGAACAGCUGUCCAACAUGAUUGUGAAGUCCUGCAAAUGCAGUUAGGAACACAUUCAAGCUCCCAUAAACACACACGCACACACCACACACACACACACCCACAGUCCAGAAUAGUAUUACAAGUUCACACACACACACACACCACACACACCACACACACAAUCACACACAGUCCAAGAUAGUAUUACAAGUUCACGCACGCACGCACACACCCACACACACACACACACACCCACAGUCCAGAAUAGUAUUACAAGUUCAAACACACACACACACACACACACACACACACGCACACACACGUACACACAGUCCAAGAUAGUAUUACAAGUUCACGCACGCACGCACACACACACACACACACACACACACAUUUUUCAGCAGUAUGUACUGGUUGUGUACAGAUGGCCCUGUCGAUACACCCACCUCACACAUAGACCAGACACAAGUAGACUUACAAACGAUGAACACUGGAAGAAUAUUUAAAGUGUCAAUAUGUGAAGUGAGAAGUUGGCCAUCUUCCAUAGUUUUCAAAAUCAGAAAUUAUACUAGGCCAAUUUCUUGUUAUUCCUUUUGUGCCUUUCAAACAAUUGUACCUUUUGUUUUUGCUGCCAAUUAUAUUUCAGAACUAGUGCCAUUUGAAUACUUUUUCCCAACAGAAUCCUGUGUUUUGGUUGAAUUGUUUUCAUUGACAUUUGUGUGCGGGAUCACUGGAUGGCUGUUGCUGGUCUCGAGUUACCUGCAUUCUCACAGUGAUGGGUGGACGCCUUCUUUUGGCUGAAUGUUUAAAGCAGUAAUGAUGUAAUUGCAAAUGUAAUAACAUCACACGUUAUCUGGCAUAAAUAUGUUUUCUUGUUCUCUGCUGGCAAAGAUAGCUGAAGCACAAAGGAAACAUGUCCAGAUAUUAAAAGAUACACCUGCAAAUACUAAAGUAAAUCAUUGGCAUACAACUGAAGAUGUUGAAAUGUUGACACCUACACAUAAACACACACACACACAAUCACGCACACAUGCAGUGGGACCUGCCCAUAUACUGGGCGUCGUGCAGAGGGUCGUAUACAUUUUAAGUUCACUGACUUGUGCACAUCACCAGUGUCUACUUUCUAAGCCUUACCCAGCCUGUUCUGCACAGCAAAAAUACUGUAGCUUUAAGUGAAAUGGAUCAUUGGGGAAUUACAAUGUUGAUGCUUUCAUCAGUCAUCGUGAGAUCAAUGCUGAGACCCGAACCAUGGGUGCUAUCAGUGCGGUGCAUAACACUCCUCUCUUAGUGCAGGUACAGGAUGUGAGGUCAUCAUUUAAACGAGCUAGGGAAAGGAAAUGUCCUUGCCGCAUAUACAGAGACAGAAAGUGUCCAGUAGCUUCUGUCCUCAGUAGGGGGCUGUCCUGUCCAGUGGUAAUGUAAGAGAGGUCACCUCAGGGAUCAUCAAAACCUGUCACCAUGGGGAACCAGAAGUGCUGCAGUGCUGUAGUUACAAUGAGCACAAACCUUAGCUUAGUCACAAACUCCCCCUGAACAGGCCUCCUUUCCUAAUUAGGAAACAAAAUCCAUUCAUACAAAUGAUUGCACUGAUGGUUUUCUUUUGUGUGUAACAUUUGUUUUUAUUAUUAGCUCUUUCCUCUUAGUACACUUGGAGUGUUCUUGUGAUAUUUAGGGCUUGUGUAUGACUUUCCCUUGGCAACUGUUGCUCCAGGAGGACUGACUUCCCCUCCAGAGACAAGCAGACAGGAACAUCACUGCGCAGUCCCUGGUGUUGUCAUUGUUGUUGCUGUUGUUAUCAUCAUCAGUGUUGCAGUUGUUUUUGCUGGCCUUGUUUAUGUUGUUGAUCCCUUAUGUAUUUUAGCACAUCAUAUUUGCUGUGCUCUGGUGGUAAAUAAAUUAUUUGAAUUUCAA